CCCCUCGGCCGCGCUUCCCCUUCCGCCGCGGGGCCGGCCUUGCGCGCGCUGUCUGCUGCUACCGGCCGUUAACCGUCCUUAACGGUGCCUGCGGCGCGCGCGGCUCCUGCCCUUUUGCUGGGGCCCGAGGGARCUGCUCCCUCUCGGCACCGGCUCGGCCGCCUGCGCCUUCGCCGCUCUGUAAAACGCAGUUUAUUCAUGUGAGAACAGAGUCCUUGGGGUUAAGGAGCUUUCCAGAAGCUUAUUUUAUCUAUGYGAGUCUUUCCAAUGACUAUGGACGUUCAAGGGUUUUGCUGCAGGAUGUAGGAAUGAAGGAUGCCUUUAGCAGCAACCAGAUUGUCUUUCCAGUAUCUUCAGAACUAAUCAAGAAAUUUUUGAUGAUUUCAUAACUCUGGAUACUGACACUGAACCUCCGUUUUUCUACAAGAAAGCUUAGAAAGGGCUCUAUUUUUAAUAAGCUUCCUUUGAGGGCACAGAAAGCAGCUGGAUUAGCUUUUGGAUUCUUUCUGGUGUUCUGCAUGUACUACUGCUACAGAAUUCCUAUUACAGCACAUUUUCUUAUCACCGCUCCCAAAACACAGAUGUUAUAAUUAGGUGCCUGCAUUUUAAUGAGCACUGGUAGCUGUCUGUAAAUGCUUUAAAAUCACAGUAUAGUAGAAUUAUGAAAGUAGUGAGGGUUUUUUUUGUGACUUGUAAGGCAGGUACAUUUUUAAUGAGAGAAAAGCUAGUCCUUUCCUGAGCAGUAUGACAUUAUUCUAUAAUAAAGUUACUUCUGAAUCAACUGCUUAGGUUCCACAGUGACUGCACAUUGCUUAUUAAAUAAUUAUAAAUGUAUCGAUAGCUUCUUGAAACCUAUCUUUGAUAAAAUAAGUAUGUACCUAAUACAGUAUUUUUGUGCUUAAACAGCAGUGAUGGCUGGCUAUCAAAUAGUGUUUUAAGCUAACCUUUUUAAUUCAAAAUAAGUCCAUUUCUAGUUACCUAGUAAUUAAUUAAAUUUUUAACUUUCCAGGGGAUUAACUUGUCAUAGCYGUUCUGUAAGAAUUGGUUUUUAUAGGCAUUUACUUUGUAAGAUUUAAAUUGAAGUYCUAGAUAAUGAUUUUGCAUUUGAGUGUUUAAUUACUAAUGUCGAUAAAUAAACAUCAGAACUCUAUUUAGAUAAUUAAAUUGUUAAUAAAGGAAGUUUAGCUUUCUAGAAAUUGUUUGAAACUUCUCAAAACUAAGUGAACAUGCUGUGUCUGAUACAUGUUUGGGAUCAGUAUCCAACAGUUUUAUGUAAGAAAAUUGUACAGUAAGUAAUUUCUAUUUUUAUAUUGCAUGCAUUUUUAUGUUUUUUGAAGAAUAAAGUGGUAUUAAUUCUUUUAGCUAUUAGAAAAACUACUUUGAUCUGUAGAUAUUUUUGAAUUCAUAGAAAGACUCUAAACACUGUUUGACAUUUGCUAAUAUUGAGCAUUACAUUUAUUGCACAACCCUUAUCAAUGUAAAUAGCAGUCCAAAAUGUCUACAAGACCUCAAAUCCAUGUUUUUGUUGGAGCACCCAGAAUUCCAAGCCAGUUAGAGGUGUCAGAAUUUAGUACUUCAGUGCUUGCUGGUGAAAAAUGGAGGGAACUCCACUUUUUAUGUGAUGAACAUGGUCUUUUUUCUGGUAAAUGCAGAAGCACUGACCACUUAAUGUGUCAGGGCAAAAGCUCUACAAUCUUAGCAGUUCCUCCAAAUGUUUACUGCUCCCAGAAAUGUAAACAGAGAGGCUUAAUGGUAGCAAAAGAGUGUUGCACGUCUCCUGUAACUUYGGCAGAAACUAGUGGUACUGCUGCUAGGAGGACUGGCAGUUUAACGUUUUUGGGUUAUGAGUCAUCUAAAGACAGAAGCACAAUUGCAAAACAGACUGCAGAUCAACACCAUCUUCAAAAGUCUGAAAAGGCAGAUGAAUGGGAUGAAAAGCUAUUAGAUGGCUGUUCUGACCUCACUGAAGGACAUGUCAGUCAUCUAGAAGUUAAGUGCUCUGAAAUUUUGGAUUUGGUUACUUCCACUGCAGAGAUUAGCAUUCAUCUAAGAUCUGUGGGACAAGAUGUUCCAUCAGCUCAUAUAAGUGACUGCCAUGAACCUCUAAGUCAAUAUCUGGAUAUGUGUUUUCCCUCAAAUCAAGACUCAAAACCAAAAGGAGAAAAUGACUGUUCARACAUUGAGGUGUCAACUGAUACUGAAUUUCGUAGUGUAAUGACUUCAAGUCAGAUGGCUGUUCUUGCACAAGGUGACACUAAGAUGCAAAAUGAGAUGCAGAAAAGAACUAUGAAACUGCUGGAGACAGAAACAGAGAAUAAACAUAAAGAAAGGCAAUAUGAACACUUCAGUCUUAAUCCUAAUGUCAGAACCUGUCAUGCUGUGACUGAAAAUGCAUGUGAGCAAGAGUAUACAGGUUCUCUUGAACUUUUUGAUUCUGAGAGUGAUAGCAAAAGCUUCUGUUUUGAGGCUACAAAAAGAGAAGGAAGUGCUCAUGAAAAUACAGAGGCAUCUGAAGAACAACUUAAUGCCCCUGUGGAACAAUUAGUAAAUGAAAUCCAUAUUGAACCUUUCAGCUCAGGAAUACUUUGCUCCCAAGUAAGCAGUUCUUGUAACAGCGUUUUUAAAAGAGCCUAUAAGUCUGAAGAUUCUCUUCAUGUUUCUAAUUCUCCAUUUAAAAGGCAAAUGAAAUCAAAGAGAGUUAAACUGAAUUCUUCUGUAACUGAUCCUGAAAUCACAAUGGAUGAAGAGAGGAUGACAGAAAUCAAAAAAAUUCAAAAACACCUUCUAUCACUACUUAAGAAUUGCUGCUGUAAAAAUCAGAAGUACAAUGUUUUGGUUGCAAUAGUACAUCCCUGUCACAUUAAGGAAAUACAGAUAAAGACAAGACCCAAAUCUUCAUGUAAAGUUCCAGUGGCGACCAUUGUAGUUACUGACCAGUCCAGAAUUGAGAGAAAGGUGGUGCUAUGGCGUGCUGCUGCCUUUUGGUCACUCACCGUGUUUCCUGGGGAUAUUGUGCUACUCACAGAUAUCAUUGUGUAUGAGAAUCUUUGGUUUGGAGAAAUCAUGCUGCAAUCUACAUGUACCAGUCAGUUAUUGAACCUGGGCAACUGCUCAGCUCUCAAUCCAAAACAAUUUCAUCAUAUAGGAGAUGUUGGUGUUCUCCAUGCUUUAUUGGCAUAUGUAUCAUCAGAGUUUUCCCACUUUGGAGACCUUCCAUGUAGACAAGUUCAGAGAUUGGACAACGUUCAGCAUGUUCCACUAGAUCAGCUUCAGUCAAAUACAUUAGUUCACUCGGUCGUAAAAAUUAUCAACAUCACAGUGUUAACAGAAUCUGUGUACAACUACAAAGGGGGAAGCGAAAGAAAAGUUAUUUUAACAGUAGAACAGAAGAGAGAUCAACAUUAUAGGAUGGUCCUGUGGGGAGCAGGGGCAGCUUGGUGCCCUCAACUUCAAAUGAAAAAAGAGCAUGUAUGGGAAUUUAAAUACCUUCUUGUCCGACAUAGUUCUGUCUCAGGUGACUUUGAACUGCACACAACUCCAUGGUCAUCCUGUGAGUGCUUGUUUGAUGAUGACAAAAGGGCAAUUGAAUUUAAAGAAAAGUUUCAGAAAAGUAAAACAUCCCUCCUGAAAAUGACAAAUCUCUCGGCACAUUUGGAAGAAAAAUGCUCAGGAGUGAUUCAACUGAAAGCCCAUAUCUUAGAGCUGAAGUUUACUGUUUCAACGGGCCACUACAGGCAACUCAUCUUCAAUGCUAACACUUCCCUGGAGAGCGUUUUGGCUUCUCUGCCCAUGAUGACCUAUUCGGGUUGUGCUAAGUGUGGUGCAGAGCUAGAGGCAGAUGAGAACAAGAUCUACAAGCAGUGUGUUAGAUGCUUGCCAUACAACAAAGUAAAAACAUUCUACAGGUCUGCUUUGAUGACAAUCGAAGAUGGAGGAUAUGAAAUUUAUGUUCAUGUGGUAUCAGAGUUGAUGGAAAAAAUCUUCCUCAAUAUUCCCGCAGACUGGCUGAACAGAGCAGUAGUGCCCUCCUCAAGUAUGACCUACUGUGUAAUUGUAGCAGAACUGUGUCAUUUGCUGCUGGCAGAUACAGAAGCAUCCUAUGUGUUGGAAAUCAGGAGCCAUUUUGUGCUCGAUGAAAACAGCUAUCCUUUGCAAAAGGAUUUCCAUCUGCUAGAUUUUCAUCCUGAUCUCUGAAGCAUUGACCUCUGCAAUAACUGAUGUUCAGAGACCGUAUGAACAAGCAGUUUGCAAAGAAGAAAAAUGAAUUAGAUUAGGGAAGCAAGUCAAAAUACAAGAAGGGAUGUUGUGUUUAAUUUAUAGUAAAAAAAAAUCACAGAAGUAUUGAUAUGGAGUAUCUGCUAACUGUAUGCACUGUUACUGUCUUGUUUAAUUACUGUAAAGUAUAUUUUUGUAUGUAUGUUUUUAGCAUAAUAAAAAGCUCUUGCUGGUGUCUCASUUUGGCUCUUCUCUCCAGUAGAAGUUCUCUAGUGUUGAAGACUUUGUGAGUCUAAUAGAUUAAAGGAAGAUAGUUACAGUCAUGUGGUGUCAUUUUAGUUCUGAGAUUUUCUUUUGUAUUUAUCCUCUGUCUUCUCUAAUUUGGUUAUUUCUUUGAACUUUUCCACAUGUUAUGGUUGCUUUCCUUAUUGUAGCAGCUGAAUGUUUGCCCUUUUUGUCCAGCAAUUUUGCCGUUGUCUUCUCCAUCUCAUUGAGGCUAAAUUUGAUUAGCUAGAAGUUGUUGCAUCAAUUCA